AGAAAGGGAGCUAUUUUUAUUUAUAUAUAUAUAAAUAACAUAGGAAUUUAAGGCUGAAAACCCUUACUAGCGCUGAAACCAAAUUUUUUUUAUUAAGAAGCUGCGCUGCGCCGCUGCUACGCCUCGCUCGCACCACCACCGCCAGCCACUGCUCCGCCUCGCACCACCACCGCCGGCCACUGCUCCCUGCCCGUCUCGCACCACCAGGUCCACCACCGCUGGAGAAAACAUAGAGAGGUGAAUUGAAACUUUGAAUUCAAAAUGCAAUUGAAGCUUUGAAUUUGUUGAUUUUUUUUUGGGAAUGUGUUCUUGGAAUGAGUUUUUUGAAGACUGAUGGGUCGGCAGAAUUAAUGGAAUUUGUAUAUGUUUUUGGGAAUUUGUUGAUGCAAUUCAAAACAUAGUUGGAAUUAAUUUAGUGGGAUGGCAGCACAGCACAUGGGUCGGCACUGGUCACACUCUCUUUGUAAACUCAUAUACAUCUUCUUCUCCUCUCUCUUCUUUGUAGCGCACUCUGCAGAAAUCAUGGACACGAUGCCCUCAUUUUACAAGAUCUUGAUGGACCUCCCUCCCAAACUCCUAUUGCCAAAGGGUUUCACGGAUAAGUACGGCGAAAACUUGUCCGAAAGAGUUAGGCUAAGAAACAAGAGCGGCACCUCAUGGAAUGUGAGGCUCGAGAAAAUGAGAGAAGAAGGAGAAGAAACCGAUGCUUACUACUUCACGAGAGGAUGGACCAAAUUCUCUAAUGACGUGGACCUUAAGACCUUCGAAGUGCUCGUCUUUUUCUACGCCGGAAACUCCACAUUCGACGUCACCGUAUACGCGGUCACUGCACUGGAGAAGGAGCCGGCCGGCUUCAGAGCUGCGGCUAAUCCCAUGUGCCGAUUUGAGUUGAAGCAACACAACUACCAUAAAUUUCAUGUUCCGAAGGAUUUCUCGGAUGCGUGUGGUUUGAAGCAGAAAAGGGAAGUGCGGUUGGAGUGUCUGGGCGGGUCGAGUGCGCGAGUUAAGGUGAACUCGUGUAAGGGCCGCGUUGAUUUUGGCGGGGGCUUGUCCGGAUUCUUCAAAGCGAACAACUUCGCUAUUAACAGAACUUACUCUCUUGAGUUCCUUCCCGCUGAGAAUGUGAUUAGGGUUGGACCAGACUAUCUCUUAUCUUAGGAUUUUUAUGACUUUUUCAACAUAUAUUGCAUGUUGUCUGCUAUCAAUUCUAAUUAAUGGCGUUUACAUUUUGGUUUAUAUGUGUUGAGUAUUGAAAUUUAUGUUUUAUAUAUAUAUGAUGUAUAUAUGUGUGUGUGGCGGCUGCUGA